AUGGGUCUCCGCGACAUACUAAAGAAGAAGGGCGGCAGCGACGAUGAGGGUGGCUUCACCGACUCGCGCAACGAGAGCGAGUUUGACCAGUUCCAGCAUCAAUACCAGCAGGAGUUCCCGUCGCAAUCGCAGUCGCAACCGCAACCGCAACGUCGGCGAACACCACCGCCGCGCCCCCCGCCGCCCGAUCCGCUCCAGACCUCCGAGUUCACCUUUAUUCGCUCCGACACGCUCUCCCAAGAAGUGAUCCACCCGCCGGCGGACGUGGACGAUUUUGGGCGGAAUCAGUACCUCCAGGCCGGCGGCGGCAGCAACAGCAACAGCAGCGACGGCGGCCUGGCCAGCCCGGCAAGUCCACAGAACCACCGCCGCAGCUUCGACAUGUUCCGCAAGUCGUCGCGCAGCGGGCGCAGCAGCCGCAGUGCCUCCGUUUCGUCGAGCGGCGUGGCGGGCGACGGCAGCAAUGCCGCCGCCGAAUCCACGGCCCGCCGUCUCUCACAGCGCCUGCACCUGAGCCGGACGCCGAGCACGAGCUCGCAUGUGCCGACGAACCUGCCCGAAAUCGUUGUGCCCGAGGGCGAGGGCGAGGGCGGCAACCGGCCUGUGGGCCACUCGUCGUCCCUCUCGCUGUCGUCGCAAGGGUCGUCGUCGAGCACACGCGGCGGCGAGGCACCCACGUCGGCACCCGUCCCCAGCGCACAGAACAGCAAGCCCGCCCCCGUCAACCCAGUCGUCGAGUCGCAGUGGGAAAAGCGUGCCACGAUGCUGGCGCAGGAAAACGAAAAGGUGCAGCAGCUACACGGCAGCCGGCCAGGCACGCCCGAAGACCGGCUGGGGCGGAAAGGCGCCGCCAGUCCCGCAGGCAGCUCCCACAGCCGCAGCCGCAGUCGCAGCAACAGCAAUGCCAACGGCGCCGUGUCGAGCAAGGAGCUCGACGCCAACAUCCAGGAGGCCAUUCGCCUGCACGAAGAGGGCGAGCUCGAGCAGUCGACGCGCAUGUUUGGCAUCCUGGCCGACCCCCGCGGCUACAACAACCCGCUGAGCCAGGUGCUGUACGGCCUGGCGCUGCGCCACGGCUGGGGCUGUGCGCCGGACACGGAGACGGCCGUCAAGUACCUGUCGGCGGCGGCCUCGAACGCGGCGGCCGUCGAGGAGCUGGCGCUCAAGGCGGGCAUCAACAAGGGCGGCGCGGCCAAGGGCGAACUGGUGCUGGCCAUUUUCGAACUGGCCAACUGCUUCCGCAACGGCUGGGGCCUGGACCGCGACCCGCUGGCGGCAAAGCAAUACUACGAGACGGCUGCGAACCUUGGCGACACAGAUGCCAUGAACGAAGUGGCCUGGUGCUAUCUCGAAGGCUUUGGCUGCAAGAAAGACAAGUUCUUGGCCUCCAAAUACUACCGCCUGGCAGAACAAAACGGCAACAAGACGCUCGGCAACUCCUGGAUCUGGAAGGAAAAGUACGAUCCCGACAAGCAGAAGAAGAAAUAA